AGAAGCCAUGUAAUGAAUCAAUAAGUUGUAUGUCCUCCACAUGUCCACUAGAUGGCUGAAGUUGGUAAUAUGUAGCAAACAGUCGUUUGUUGACACUUGUUGCAAUGGCGACCAUCACAGAGCUGAAGUGUGCUGUGAGGGAAACGCUGGAGUCCCGGGGAGUACUGGGCCAGCUGAAGGCUCGUAUCCGGGCAGAGGUGUUCAGCGCCUUGGAUGACCAGCGUGAACCUCGUCCGCAGCUGUCCCACGAAAACCUGCUCAUCAACGAGCUCAUCCGGGAGUACCUGGAGUUCAACAAGUACAGAUACACAGCAUCAGUGCUGACAGCAGAGUCAGGCCAGCCGGAUGUUCCCUUGGACAGACAGUUCCUGGCAAGUGAGCUGAAAGUCACAGAGGAUUCAAGCUCCAAGUCUGUGCCCCUUCUCUAUGGCUUGGUGUCCCAUUUUGUGAACAGCAGUGAUAACAGUGGGAAGGUGUUUCUGCGUGGAGCCCAUCUGCCAGUUACUGCUCCUGCCAGCAGCACAGUGCCCCGACUGGAUGCUUGAAAGUUGAUGCACCGACUAAAGGACUUAAGAGACACUUUUACACCCUCAUUGUUGACAUGUUUGCAGCUUUCGUCUCUCUUCUUCCCAGAGUGUAAUGUGCAGAAACUACAAGACAAAAAACACAAGGUUUGAAGUUUACUUUACACUGUAAGUUGCCAAUGACCUAAGUAAACCUUUUUGUUUAGGUUUAACUGGUUUCCCUUUAGACAUAGUUGCUCUACUUGAAGUUAUCCCUGUUACUUGUUCUCUCAGGCAGAACAUUGAGAUAUCAUUCCUCAAUGUAUUCCCUUUUUAAAUAUAGAAAUGUUUAUACUUUUAUAAUAUUUAACUUGUUGAGAAAUAAAUGUUUCUUUUUGCACUAUCAA